AUGUCGCUAGGACAGCUUCUGGAGAAGAGCCACGACAAGUGUGCCUUCCGUAACACGGGCUGUGUGGUGCGCGUCUCUGUGUUGUGGUGGACAAUCAGUGUGACGCCUAUGGAGAUGUGCAACGGCCACUUCAGGGAGCAGUGCCACUGCAGCCCUUACGUGACCUCUUCGGGCGGCGGACGAGCUGUUGUAACCGUUCGCGCAGUGUCCGCCUAUGUGACAGCGAAACAGCGAUGGUUCGACGGGACGCAGAUGUUGGUGGCGUAUUUGGCGCCCAUUUACCUCGCACCCCUGCUCCUACCAGGAACCACGGAAGGUCGCUGCGCCUACUGCAUGCUGAUCGUGUUCGAGUUCUGGGUGCUGAACGUGAUCCCGGCGCCCAUGGCGUCGUCGGUGCCCUUGGUGCUGCUGCCGCUGCUGGGCGUCAUGGACCCGAACCUCGCGGCCGGACAUUACAUGAAUGAGACGAUGCUGUUCAUCGUGGGCGUGGUCCUGCUUGCGCUGGCCAUGGAAGGGACCAACAUGUACAGCCGCGUGGCGCUCGCAAUUCUUGGCGCGGGCGGCGCCGGCGUCAAGGCCGUGUUCACGGCGCUCAUGGCGCUCGCCUUCUGCGGCACGCUGCUCUUCGAGAACGUCCUGUCGACGCUCAUCGUGAUGCCCGUCGUCGAGUGCACCAUCGUCGAGAUCGAGAACGACGCCCUGACGAGUGCUCGGCGACGGCGCAUGCUGCGCAGGGCCUCGAUACUGGCGCGCCUCGCGAACCAGCCCGAGGUGGAGCCGUCCAACCAUCGGUUGCCGGCACUCAUGGGCUCGGCACCGCAGCUCGUCGGUGCCGAAGGGCUUCCCCAGACGUCUCGUCGCAGCAGUCGCAGCAGCCGCGACAUCUUACGGACGCCCGAUUCGGGACAGUCGUCCACCUACGGCAAGGGAGCAUUAGGUAGUCGCAAAAGGAGCAGCGUGAUCACAGUCGACUUCGCUGCCAAGCUUGAACAGGAGUCGCAGUGA